AUGAUGAAAUCUGCAUCCGUGGUGUUUUGUUGGCUGUUAGUGGCGAGUGUCGGUUGCUAUGUCCUUUAUUUAGCGCGUUCACCUACAGUUGUCAACUGGUACACAAUUGACGUCGAAACAAUGAAACACCUUGACAUGCUUGAGUACAUUCAAUGGACUAAUAACGCCACCAGUUGCAAAGUGGAACAAGAUUUCGGUGGUAACGUUGACGGUAAGAAAUCUGUCUGCUUAGAUCCGCAAGUUCGUCCAGAACCCGGGAAUUGCCUCGUCUAUUCAUUUGGCGUCAAUCACGAAUGGACGUUUGACGAAGCAAUGGCUAGCUACGGAUGUCAAGUUUACGCAUUCGAUCCCAUGGUCAAACAAAGUUACAAUCGAUCAGAUAACAUUCACGUUUACAACUACGGGCUGAGCUUCAAAACUGAAAUUUCGGUGCAAAACUGGACGGUUAUGCCUUUAAAGAAACUCUACAAGAUGAUGGUGCCUGUGCACGGACGGAUGCCCAUAAGCUACCUCAAAUACGACAUGGAAGAUGGAAAUUUGCGGGUUGUGCCAGACAUUGUUCAAACAGGCAUGCUGGCGAACGUUCGCCAGUUGGCCUUGGAGGUACACAUUGAGCCUGAAGGAAAGAUCGAAGAUUUCCGUGAUAUGGUGGAAGUCUUACAGGCUGUGGAAGAGCUGGGAAUGGUCCGCUUCGCCUCCAACGGUAUUCCUUCAUCUCAUGACUGGUAUGAACCUUUAGAGUAUGAGGGAUACUUGGAUUACGACAUCGUUUGGUACAACGGUGACCUGAUUCAAGAAAAAAAUUAGUCGAGUACAGAAAAAAAUAAAUUAUUAGCCCAAAGAAUCAAAUGCUCGUCUACUACUUUCACUUCAAUCUUAACCGUACGUGGCAAC